CAAUGUUUCUCUUACGCCGCGCACAAGUGACGGAAGUUAGCUUCUAGCGACAUGCGCCAUUGAAAACAAACGUAGUAGGUACGGGCGGCGGGGCUACUGGUUUCUUUCAUUUUUGGCUAGCUUGUUGGAGUCGUUGUUUUACCUUUAAAAAGAGCGCGCGUUCACAUUUCUAAAUAAUGGAGACUAUUUUGGAGCAACAGCGUCGAUACCACGAAGAGAAUGAGCGGCUAAUGGACGCUAAGACUAAAGAAAUGUUACACAAGAAGUCCACGCUGCGGGAACAAAUUAAUUCAGACCAUCGAAUAAGGGCGAUGCUGGAUAGGUAUAUGGAUGUGAGCGCAAAUCUCAGAGACUCCUAUGAAGACAAAGAUGGAAUGAGGAGAGAUGAACUCGCCGCCAUCUCUGGACCAAACGAGUUUGCAGAGUUCUACAACAGACUGAAGCAGAUAAAGGAGUUUCACAGAAAGCACCCAAAUGAGAUUUCCGUUCCCAUGUCUGCAGAGUUUGAGGAGCUAAUGAAGGCCAGAGACAACCCCAGCGAGGAGGCUCAGAACAUGGUGGAGUUCACAGAUGAGGAGGGAUACGGCCGCUACCUGGACCUCCAUGACUGCUACCUGAAGUACAUCAAUUUAAAGGGAGCCGAGAAACUGGAGUACAUCGCUUACCUUUCUUCAUUCGACCAGCUUUUUGACAUUCCCAAGGACAGGAAAAAUGCUGAAUACAAAAAGUAUUUGGAGAUGCUGCUGGAGUACCUGCAGGACUACUCAGACCGGGUCAAACCUCUGCUGGACCACAACGAGCUCUAUGGAAAAGUGCUGUCAGACUUUGAGAAGAAAUGGGACAACGGUACCUUUCCAGGCUGGCCUAAAGAGACGAGUAGUGCUUUGACACAUGCUGGAGCUCAUCUGGACCUCUCUGCCUUCUCUUCUUGGGAGGAGUUGGCGUCUCUGGGUCUGGACAGAUUGAAGUCAGCUCUCAUGGCCCUGGGACUCAAGUGUGGAGGGACUCUGGAGGAGAGAGCUCAGAGACUCUUCAGCACUAAAGGCAAAUCCCUGGAAUCACUUGACCCAUCCCUGUUUGCCAAGAAUCCUAAAGCCAAAGGCCCUAAAAAAGACACGGAGCGCAACAAGGAAAUUGGCUUUCUGGAAGCUCAGGUCUAUGAAUACGUGGAGAUCCUUGGGGAACAGAGGCAGCUGACUCACGAGAACGUGCAGAGGAAGCAGGCCCGGACCGGAGAGGAGCGCGAGGAGGAGGAGGAAGAGCAGCUCAGUGAGAGCGAGAGCGAAGAUGAAGACAACGAGAUCAUCUACAACCCCAAGAACCUGCCGCUGGGCUGGGACGGCAAGCCGAUCCCAUACUGGCUCUAUAAACUCCACGGCCUGAACAUCAACUACAACUGCGAGAUCUGCGGCAACUACACUUACAGAGGACCCAAAGCCUUCCAGAGGCACUUUGCGGAGUGGAGGCACGCUCACGGUAUGCGCUGUCUGGGAAUCCCCAACACGGCCCACUUCGCCAACGUCACACAGAUCGAGGACGCCGUCUCUCUGUGGGCGAAGCUGAAGUCCCAGAAGGCGUUAGAGCGGUGGCAGCCAGACACAGAGGAAGAGUACGAGGACUCGAGCGGAAACGUGGUCAACAAGAAGACCUACGAGGAUCUGAAGAGACAGGGCUUGUUGUAGAUGGAAGACGACGUGACUCGAGUGUCGGAAAAAAAUGAAAAGGAGGUUAUAAGGAGCUUUGUUUUGAAGUUGACUAUGUUUUUUAUCCCAUAUUUGUUCAUGUGCCCUUUUAUUUGUAAGUAGUAACUUUUUACAGACCCUCCCUCCAUAGACUCUUUUCUCAGCAGACAUUUGACUCGGUGAGGACAGCGCAGGUGUGUUAAAGAUGCAUUCCAGGUUGUGUUUUCGUGCAUGCUGGUUCACUUUCUUUGUAGACUGGGGCACUUAAUGGAAAUGAGCUUCCAGCGAUACACCUGUGCCUUCAAAAUGCUGAGGAAAGGGUAUUUUCUGUAGUCUCAUAACUUUGUAACGUGGCGACCAGUGAUCAUAAUAAACUUAAUACGUUUGUCA